GGUCCCCGACCUGUAGGUGUGCCUCACGCCAUCUGAUACUGGAAGAAGCUCUAAAGGGGCGCGCGUCUAGGUGCUGCCGCUGCCUCCACUYUCUACACAGGUGUCCCGCGCUGCCCACCCGGCCAUGUCGUCCCCCCGCUGCGUGUCACUGGUCACCGGAGCCAACAAGGGCAUCGGUUUUGCCAUCGUGCGCGACCUCUGUCGCCAGUUCUCGGGGGACGUGGUGCUCACCGCGCGCGACGAGGAGCGGGGCCGGGCAGCGGUGCAGCAGCUGCAGGCAGAGGGCCUGAGCCCGCUCUUCCACCAGCUGGACAUCGACCACCCGCAGAGCAUCCGCGCACUGCGCGACUUCCUGCGCAAGGAGUACGGGGGUCUCGAUGUGCUGGUCAACAACGCGGGCAUUGCCCUCGAGUCGGAUGAUCCGACACACUUUCCUAUUGGAGCAGAAGUCACACUGAAAACAAAUUUUUUUGGUACCCGAGAUGUCUGCACAGAGCUACUCCCCCUCAUAAAACCACAAGGUGAGUGGG